GUGCCCCUCACGCUCGCCCACAAGGCCACAACGAAUGUCGCGUGUAGCCACCAGAAUUUUCCUGACGCCGUCGCUGCUCCCACUCCCACUCCCCAAGCUUCUGCGGAGGCGGCGGCGGCCUAGCAUCUGCUCGACGACGAGGGCCUUCGCGAUGGCGGCGUCGGGGUUCGAAGGCGGCGAGACGUUUCGCCUCUCUGCGGCGGCGGGGGCCGGCGCGCUGAAGCUGCACAAGGGCGACAUCACCCUCUGGUCCGUCGACGGCGCCACCGACGCCAUCGUUAAUGCUGCUAAUGAACGAAUGCUAGGAGGGGGAGGUGUUGAUGGAGCUAUACAUCAAGCUGCUGGACCACAACUUGUGCAAGCAUGCCGUAAAGUUCCUGAGGUUAAACCUGGAGUCCGUUGCCCUACUGGAGAAGCCAGAAUUACUCCAGCUUUUGAGCUUCCUGUGUCCCGUGUGAUACACACAGUUGGGCCCGUAUAUGAUAUGGAUAAGCGACCUGAGCUGCUCUUAAAGAAUGCCUAUGAAAAUAGCCUGAAGCUUGCUAAAGAGAAUGGCAUUCAGUACAUUGCAUUCCCUGCUAUAUCCUGUGGUAUUUUCCGUUACCCUCCAAAGGAAGCAUCGAACAUAGCUAUUUCAACUGCUCGACAGUUUUCAGGUGAUAUUAAAGAGGUGCAUUUUGUUCUGUUCACGGACGAGCUCUACAAUGUUUGGCGUGAGACUGCACAGGAGAUGCUGGCGCAAUUUGAGAAAUGAAUAACCACGAUGCCAGUGUAGUAAUGCUCAUGUCAGCCAGCAUUAAAUAUGGCUACUGUAGUUGGUUUACUAUGAUAUUGUGUAUGGAACAAUUUCAAUGUACUAUUUAUCUGAGAGUUGGAUGGACAUGCUGAAUGAGAAGGCCUGAAUGAGAUUGUACCAUUCAUCAUGGUACUCCAGUGACAGUGCUAUGAAUAAGAUGCCUCACAAGUGAUAGUGCUAGCAGUAGUAGCAUCUUUGCUGA